AUGCAUCAUCAACAACAGCAAGCUAGAGUGUCAUUCCUGACAGUGUUCAGGAGCACUGUAAUCAGGGGACAGAUCUUUGAACAACGCAGAGAUAUACAGGUUGGAGCUCAGAGAUCGCUAUCAGCCUGUAUCAUCCAUGGCAGGAUUGCAUUGUUUAUCAAGCUCUUUGAUGAGCUUGCUGAUGUCAUCGAGGAGAGAGUAUUGUCAUCACCACCAUCAUCAGCUCUAUUGAGCGUGGAUACGACAAUUGUGGCACCUAGAAGGGGCAUCGCCAUGAAGGUGCAACCCAGAAAGCUGAACCUGCCAAGAAUCGCGACGAUACAGGAUCGAUACGAUCAGGAGAGGAAUGCGAGCCUGCUGUUGAAUAGAUACCUGGAUGCACUGGAUGAGGAGCCAGGAUCGUUGCACAAGCUGUUGAUGCUGGCUGUCCAGCACCAGAAUCGUCAGAUAUUCCAAGUGCUCUUUGAUCACAACAUCAAGAUGAACAAUGCACAUCACAACGUUCUGACGACCGAUGCACUCAAUUCAACGUUGGCGAGCAAUGACACCGAGUUCCUCUCGUAUCUUCUGAUCAACUGCACCUGUGAUCGUGUUGCACACGGCAAGCAUCUCAUCGAUAUCACCAAGAUCGGCUGGAGGACACUGGUCGACUUCAAGAUGUUCAACUGCCUCAUGGACCACAUCCACCUGUUCCACUUCUCGUCCCGUGAUCUCAUCCACUGGAAAGCAUCGGAACAGUUCAUCAAGUCGAUUGGAUCGACCGAGAGUGCACUGGAGUUCAUCACCUCUGUUGGGCUUCUCUUCCACUGCAUCGAUCGCACAAAUGUCAUACAGAUCGUCCAGUCAACAUUGCUGCACUACUUCAGUAUGGAUCUGCUCGAGAACAUCAAUCGAACACUGCCAGAGCUCCUUCAAGAUGGCAGUCUCGCACCCGUUGUCUGUCGCUCCCUCUCGAACUACCUCACCUUUGUGGCAUUGAAGAUGAAGCUAGACAAUGUUGGCAUUGGCACCGCUGACAUUGUCCGCAAUGGCGUGAUCAAUGGAGACUUGCAACUGGUGCAAUAUGUUCACGCCGAGUGUGUCCAACUGGGAACACCGUUCAUCGUUGGAUUGGAUGCGAUUCCGAAAGCAUUGGAACAAGGCCAUUUGGAGAUUGUCCUGUACCUGUUGGAUCACUGUGACGAUGCCAACGAGAGACAGUGUUGGGUCCACACGAUUGACCAGUCGAUACAAUCGAUCAAGCUCAUUCAACGCCUGAUCUCUCAUCCAAACAUCAACAUCGCACUCGAUGGCGAGGCAUUGCUCAAAGAACUGAUUCGGUCUGAUCGCAUUGAGCUGUUUCAAUUCUUGGACAACCAUUUAUCUCAGCAGCAACAGCAACUUACAUAUCUCGAAUGUGAUCAUAUUCUCGGUGCCAUCAGCUCAUCAACAUCACUUUCUCCUGGCGCCACUGCAUCGAUGGUGCGCACCUUUCUCGCUAAUCAUCCCAAUGCAUUUGCCAUCGAUAGCGGUUACACAUUGUGCUCAUUUCAGUACCUGCUCAACGAUGCAGUCAGAGAAUACAUCAUUGAGAGUGUGCCAGCGCAACAUCGCCCCCUCACUUUGGACGACCUGGCCAUAUGCAUAUGGAGCAUGGGCCGUGAGCAUGAAGACGCCAAUAUCCGAUUGGAUUUGCUUCAAGGACUCCUGAACAGCGACAUCAUCAGUCCUGUAUACCGAUCGAAUAGUCGUGUCUAUCCAAUCGACCAGGCCAUCUCAAACAAAUGUUAUGAGAUGGUGCAGCCACUGUGCAACAAGUAUCCAAGAAUAUGUCUCUAUACUUGCGAUAUCUUCCCCGAUUUGGCUAGGCAUGGCAAGCUCGAGAUACUCCAACUUCUCCUCAAUCGCAAAAGGCAGUCCGUCCCGUCACACACGAUGUCAUAUGGGCACGAACACUUGGAUAUCGUUCGUUAUCUCCUCGAUCAGCCAUAUGUGUGCUCGUCUGACGUCUCACAAACAAUACUCGAUGCGUCAACCAAUGGAGUCCUGGAGACAGUGGAGUAUCUGACAACACACCGAACAGAGGCCACCACCACCGAAGCAAUGGAAAAAUCAGCUUCCAAUGGACAUUUGGAUGUUGUCACCUUCUUACACCACAAGCGAACUGAAGGCCGCACAUCCAGAGCCUACUCUGGUGCGGCCGCUGGUUCUCAUACACAAGUCUUUGAGUUCCUCCUCUCGAUGUGUCAAAUGGAACAUCACUGCACACCGGAAAACAUGGCAAACCUAAUCAUCGAUGCAUUGCUCUCUGGCAGUCACGAUAUUCUUCACAUGAUUAUCCAAUAUGAGCGACAGUUGGCAGCUGGAACAGAGCAGACGAGAUGGGAGGAGAUCCAUCAGAGUCUAGUGGGCGGCAGCCACACUCAUAUUCGCAAGACCUUGGCCAAGUGCGUCCAAAACAACUGGCACCAAUGCUUACGGCUCCUAUUCGACACGUUUGACAUGCCAACGUCGCUCAUCGAGUUCACACUCAACCAAUCAAUCAGCCAUGGACAACUUCAUCUGGUGGCGCACCUGCUCAACAACCUGAGCUGA